AAAUGAAAAUAAAAAUUAAACGAAACGCGCGCGCGAUGUCGCCGACGCCGACACCGCCGCCAACAGCUGUCGGUAGCGGUAGUGAGGGGAUAUUAAACCGCGCGCACGCCGACGAAGAGACCUGAUCGUCGUGUGGUCCGGACGUGCCGCAGCCGACAGAGCCAGUGCGUCGUGUUCGCUUCGCCGUCUCCGUCCGUUCGCGUUUUCAACUCGCCUCGUCGCUAUAAUAUACGCGUAUUUAGACGUUGGGCGUCUACCCGUCGUUGUUAUUCUUAUAUUGUUAUUAUCGUCGACAUCGUCGUGUACCCCCAAAGUCCGUCUGGCCGUCGUUGACUCGUUGUGCGUUUAUAAAUAAUUUUUUUUUUUGUUUUCGUAUAAAUUCAUUUUUCGAUCGCUGUUCGCCCGCGAGUACUCGAGUUUUUACGAAAUAGCGGCCGUCCGCUACUGCUAAACGACGGCCAGUCCCGUUCGCUGGUCGUCCGUUUCAAACGUGUUCGAAGGGAAGGAAGAAACAGUAAAAACGAUAUUGUUCUCCGCCUAAACUCGUUUUUUCGCCCAGACGCGGCGUGUGCGGAUCACCGUGUGCCGUCGUAAUAAAAUACAAUUUAUUGUAGUGACGUCCGCAUAUUUAGGUUUUAAAAAAAAUUAAAAAUUAAAGAUUUAACUGCCGUCGGCUAAAGGCUUAUACCUCGAGAACAAUCGCCAUCACUCGGACAUGUCCUGCUGAACAACGUGAUCAUCAGUUAUCCUGGGCCGUGCGCCUGCUGCUUCCGAGGCUGACACGCAACAUUAUAGCUGCCACCACCGUCACUACCACAAAACGCCGCUGACGCAUAGAGACGUUGAUGGAUUAAUUAAGAACUCCACGGUAUGUGAUGACAGGUUAGUCAUCAGUCUGUAAUUUAUAAUGCAGAAUAUACGUUAGAUGACGGCAAUCUGCCACUAACGAGAAACGUCUUGACGCAAAUAUGGGUGCGUUUCUAUGGGUGUUGGUGAGCACUGUGAUCUUUGCCGAAUGGGCGACGUCCGCAAAACCGGGUACAGUGCGGUUUGCAGUCAUAGCGCCUUUAAAGGCAUACAAGACAUUAAAGGACGAAGAGACUUUGGGUGCUAUUUUGCCAUCUGUAGAUUUGGCUGCACAAGCAAUUGCUCAGCCUGAAGGAUCGUUGCCAGGAUGGACAAUACAAAUCGAAUACAGGAAUGGAUACUGUUCAUCUACCGAAGGCCCAAUAGCAGCAUUUGAAUUACACAAUCGCAGUGACCUGUUCCUGGGACCGGUGUGCGACUACGUGAUCGCUCCUGUGUCGCGAUACGCUGGCGUGUGGAAGAUACCGGUGCUGACGGCGGGUGCGCUGGCCGAGAACUUUGACAAGCGUUCCGAGUACCCGACGCUAACGAGAAUGAUGGGCUCGUACAAGCUGGUCGGCGAGGCUAUCCGUUAUACACUGCACCAGUUUAACUGGACCGUGGCUGGUUUGCUGUACUACACUCACGAGCUUAGCUCGCCCAUGGGAAACUCUAAGUGUCAUUUCAUGCUGUCGGCCGUGUAUUUGGCGCUGGGACUGAAACCCGAGUACAAGAGCUUUCAGGACACAGAUAACAUAGAAUCGUUCAAAAAAUUGCUCACCGAGUUGUCGCUGAAAGCACGAAUUAUAGUGGUAUGUGCCGAUCCGUUAACGGUCAGGGAAAUACUGUUGGCCGCUGAAGAACUCAACAUGAUUGAUAGUGGAGAAUACGUGUUUUUCAACAUUGAGCUAUUCAGCAGCCUGAACAACGCAUCCUUAACACCAUGGUACGUGGGCAAUGACACAGCAGAGCGAAACGAGCGGGCAAAAAAGGCGUACAGUGCACUGCUUAUGGUGACGGCACGUACGCCUAACAACGAGGCGUAUCGCAACUUUUCCGUCGAGGUAAAACGAGUGGCUCAGGAAAAAUACAACUACACGUUUGGCAAUGAAUCGGUGUCCACAUUCGUGACGUCGUUCUACGAUGCGGUGUUGCUGUAUGGGCUGGCUCUUAACGAGACGCUAGAGAAGGGUGGCAACCAAUCGGACGGAACAGCUAUCGUAAAAGCCAUGUGGAACAAGACUUUUACCGGCAUCACCGGCGAUGUCAAUAUCAACGAUAACGGCGACCGGAUCGCCGACUAUUCGCUGCUCGACAUGGACCCAACGACACACGAAUUCAAGAUAGUGGCGAACUAUAUUGGAAAAAAACAAUCGUUAGAAUACGUGCCGGGCAUGAGCAUCCAUUGGGCCGGUGGCAGAACGAGUCCACCACCAGAUAUACCGAGCUGUGGAUUUGACAAUUCUCUUUGCAAAACAAUGCCUGGAUAUGCGAUACUCAGUAUAAUCCUCAGUUCAAUUGUAGUGAUCCUAGCAGUAGGUUCAGCUCUAAUAUUCAGACAUUAUAAACUUGAAGCUGAAAUUGCAUCCAUGACGUGGAGAGUCAAUUGCAACGACAUCAUAAAAGUGCCGCAGGAAAAAUGGAAAACUAGUAUGACAAGUCUCAUUAGAAGAAACAGCCAAAGGACCGUCAUAUCAGAUGACCUCAUGAGUCUCAUGAGUCAAUGCGACUAUGGACGCCAAAUAUUCGUUCAAACGGCAUUUUACAAAGGUAAUAAAGUUGCACUAAAAACAUUAAAGAGAUCGCGCUUGGAAUUGACACGUCCUCUCCUGCUGGAAUUGAAAAGGUUGAAAGAUUUGCAUCAUGACCAUUUAGUACGGUUUUAUGGAGCGUGCAUAGAACCCAAUUACUGUUGGCUACUGACCGAGUAUUGUCCAAAAGGAAGUUUACAGGACAUUCUUGAAAACGACCAAUUUAAACUAGAUUGGAUGUUCCGGUACAGUCUGAUGCAUGAUAUGGUUAAAGGAAUGUGCUAUUUACAUAAUAGUGAACUUCGUUCUCACGGUGGUCUCAAAUCUAGCAAUUGUGUUGUUGAUAGCAGGUUCGUUCUAAAAAUUGCUGACUUUGGUCUUAGAAGUCUUCGAAAUAAUCAUACAAAUGAAUCGAAUAGCGGCAGUGAUUCUUACGCUUACUGGAAAGAAUUCUUGUGGACCGCACCAGAACUUUUACGGAUCAGAGAUCCACCUCCGGAAGGUACGCAAAAAGGUGAUGUCUAUUCGUUCGCUAUAAUCAUCCACGAGAUCGUCACUAGACAGGGUCCGUUCUAUCUUGGAAACGUUGAAUCGCCGUCACCCAAAGAAAUCGUAGACAGUGUGAAGAGCAAAGAAAAAUGUCUAAGACCAAGCGUAGUGGAUUUAAGCUGUGACGAGGAGGUAGGUGUGUUAAUGAAACGAUGCUGGACCGAAGACCCGGCUGAUCGGCCUGAUUUUACCACACUCAAAGCAGUCAUACGGAAAUUAAACAAGGAUAACGAAAGCAACAAUAUUCUUGACAACUUGUUAACUCGUAUGGAGCAGUAUGCCAACAAUUUAGAAACCUUAGUAGAAGAAAGAACUGCAGACUAUUUGGAUGAAAAAAGAAAAUGUGAAGAACUACUGUAUCAAUUGCUUCCAAAGUCUGUUGCUAGUCAAUUGAUUUUGGGACAAUCUGUAGUGGCUGAAACUUAUGAUAACGUGACAAUCUACUUCAGUGACAUCGUGGGUUUCACAUCUCUGAGCGCCCAAAGCACUCCACUUCAAGUAGUAGAUCUGCUCAACGAUCUUUAUACAUGUUUCGAUUCUAUAAUAGAGAAUUUUGACGUGUACAAGGUAGAGACCAUUGGUGAUGCGUACAUGGUUGUGUCUGGACUUCCGGUUCGAAAUGGAAACUUACACGCUCGCGAGAUAGCUCGAAUGUCACUAGCUCUACGGUCAGCAGUUUACAGUUUCACCAUCAAACACAGACCAGACGAUCAACUUAAGUUGCGUAUCGGCAUGCACACUGGACCUUGUGUAACCGGAGUGGUCGGACUUAAAAUGCCAAGAUACUGUUUAUUUGGAGACACGGUCAACACAGCCUCGAGAAUGGAAUCCAAUGGACAAGCACUGAAAAUCCACGUGAGUCCACAAACAAAAGAAGUGCUCGACACGUUUGGCACGUUCGACUUGGAACUCAGAGGCGAAAUCGAGAUGAAGGGCAAAGGAAAAGUGACAACGUACUGGCUGUUGGGCGAGAAAACUCCUCCUUCCGAAAUGGCACCUGUGCUUCCGGUAAAACCGAUCGGAUCAUUUUCGAAAUUACACGCAGCAAACAGCGUCGGGUCAUCGUCCACCAAGUCCGUGGCCAACAGCAUAGCCAACCACAAUAAUAUCAGCGCGUCCACGCCGCUCUUGCAAGGCGACAACGGCUAAGAAGAUUCAUCCUAUUUAGUAUUUUUUUUUAAUUUUUUUUUUAUAUACAUACAUAUAAAUAAUUAUAUUAUUAUAGUCACUCAGGAAAAAAAAACCAAAUAAAAAAAAACCAUCACCCCUCCACUUUAAACUCUCUACACCACUCCCGAUCCACGCGCGUUUAUAUUCAAAUGGUAUUGUGUAUGCAAUACGCAUUUUCGUGUUUAUAGUACUGUAUAUAUCGUCUGCUACAGUCUGGAACUUUCCUUCUCGAUCGCAAACCUCUCGCCGUUCAUCGUCACCAUCCUUCCGCACUCACCCGUAGUCGCGACUUCCGUCACAGACACGUUUAAUAAGUACAUACGUAAGCGCGCGGCAGACUAUAAUAUAAUAUAAUAAUAUCGUAACAAUCAUAUCGUCUGCGGUGAAAGUCAGCCAUUCGAUGGCAGACUGUUUAAUGUAUAUAUAUAUAUAUAAGUCGCAGAUAAACUAAAAUCGAUGAUAAAAGCAUUUCGCCAUCGUCGCGUAUUGGGUUACGAUAGGUACUCUGCGCAGUCAAAAGUCAAACUCAUCUCUCACAACGACGUGUAAGUAAUGUAUAUAAAUGGACCUACGACGGCUGCCAGUGAUCUCCUCGCGCAACUACAGCCGUCCAUACGAAAUGAUUGUCUACUGAAAUGUUAUAAAAUAUAUCACGAUGAUAGUUCCGCGGCGGCGAUAUGAUUGUUGUACAGCGCACGUGACCAGUCCGGUCGUACGAUAAUAAUAAUAUGCAGCUGCGACAGUAUAAUAAUAAUAUAUCGUCGUUAUAUUAUAAUAUGACAUGGAAAUGACGCGGUUGUGUGUGCGACGAUGAUGGUGGGUGGUGGGUGAUUGGGGGUCUGUGGUAAUGUGUAACGAGCGUGUGGGUACUCGAGGGGGGUGGUUAACGGCAUAUACUUAUAGUAUUGCGAAUUGCGAUGCAAUUAUUGCAGUGAGUGUCUAACACGGUGAUGGACACGUCGACGAGACGGAAAAUCGAACGGCAACGUCGCGUCGCCCGACCAGGGGACGAUGACAAUAUAAUAUUAUUAUUGCAUCCAUUGCCCCCCCCUACCAGACCCAAUUUAAUCGACGGAUUCGUACGUGACUAUAUAAAAAAAAAAGCGCGACGGAUCGCGUCAGUUCGCUACUGCGAUACGUAAAUCUGUAAUAUUAUUAUAUCGUGAAAAAAAAACCAACCAAAAAGUUUUUCGCCGGCCGUGAGAUGAAAACCGGCUACAAUAAUUAUGUGCGUAAAUUAUACUGUACAGUAUGAUAUAAUUAUAUUGUUUAGGGUAGGAUAGGCGCGGACGAGCGACUUUAUUAAGUUUUUUUACGCGCGUGAAAAAUGGUCUCGUAACGUGGUGGCGGCGAUCGGAGAGAAGAAUGAGCUGUAAUCGUAAUUGCGACGCGAGCACGCUUUCUCGGUUAAUAUUUUAUCAUUAUAUCCGUCGUCGUCCGUUGUUAUAACCCCGUUCGGAAUCGUAACCAUAUAUAUAUAUAUAUAUAUAUAUAUAUAUAUAUAUAUAUAUAUAGUAUGUAAAUAGCUACCUAUAUUUUAUGGCCGUACCUAUUUUAAUAUCGUGUGCUGACGACAAGCGACGACGUGCGUUUUUUAUUGUACGUGCGCAUAAUAUAUAUAUUUAGUUUAGUGUCGUCGUGAUAUCGUAUGAGAGUAUAUAUAACCACUGCUGGAACGCGCGACAAUCAUAACGAUCUUGUGCGAGGUCGACGGUGAUGGGGUAGAACCAUCCCUAUUCUGGGCGUUGUAAAUGCCACGCGGUUUAUGAUUUUGUACAUAUUAUAUAAUAUUAGAAUUAGACGGAUGGACGCGAUCGGGCGGGAGGGAUCAUUGUCCGACGACGGACUAUUCUGUUUCAUGACGAAAUAUUAUUAUUAUUAUUGUUGUUGUUAUUAUUACCACAAAAUAUAUAUUUUAAUAUUUUUCGUCGAGGCGUGCAAGAGUGCACGUUUUUGUCGUACUUAAAAGUAAUUUCUAUUCCCACUUUAUAAACACAACCAUUAUAAUAUCAUCAUAAUAUUGUAAAUCGAGUAGAUUAUAUAGAUGUUUUAAUUUUAAUAAUAUUCUUGUCCGUGAUCUAUUAAUGCGUUCAGAUAUAAAUAGCAGACUAUAGUGAUACACGAGUACGAUAAUACCGUGCUUUCGUUUCAAAAGCUGUGAAGAAAACAUAUAGUUGAUAAUUCGAAUUUAGUUGAAAACAUUUUUUUCCGGUGAAUUGUACGAUUAAAUUACAUAUUAAUUAAAAAACCGCUAUAUUUAUAGUUGAUCGCGUUAUACCUACACAUUUUUUUUUUAACUAAAGACUUAGUUAUUUCACCAAAAUAGACAAUUUCGUUAAAAAAUUUUGCAAACAAAAAUAAAUAGGUUUCAUAAAAAAUAAUAUCCAGUCUGGGAAAUCGCCAGAAUCACACGAUACUGUUACACAAGUAUUAACAUAAAAUAUUAAAAUAAUAUUUUACAACACAAUUGUAUUUUUCACCCAUUCAGUUCCUGAGGAUUAACAAUAACUCGAAUAAAACAAAAAAAAAACUGUAUGACCCGAGUAACUACGAACCAAACUCAACUUAGUUCAUAUUAUUUUUCUGAAAGUGUGAAAACCGAAUUAUACGGUUACUAGAUUCCAUUUUCAUAUCUUGACAAACUUUUAACCGACGCUAUAUAUAAAAAAAAAUAACAAAACAAUUUAAAAAAAAAAAAAAGUUAACUUGUCCAGCAUUUCUCGUUUCCACGCAUGCUUUAUAAUAUUAUAUAUAGUAUAAUAUAAAGGUAUAGACUUAAUAAAUAAUAAAUAUUGCUUCGAGAUGACGUUGCACGACGAAUCAUUCCAAUAUUGAUAAUAGUAUUAUCGUUUUUAAAACGUAAUACUAAAUGAACAUUGUAAAGAUCUUACUGAUACAACUAAAGCAGAUAUUAUAUUAGGUACUGUUAUUUGUCGUGUACUACCACCAAUAAAACGCAAAAAGGAUAACGGCGUUUGUCGGUACCUACCGAUUUUCCGAUUUCCCUCCCGCAGAUGAUAAUUUCAUUUCAUUUUCAUCUCGUCUAUGUUGUUAUUGUUAUUAUGCUGUAUAGGUAUGUAUUGUAAUGAUGGCGCUAUGUUGACUCCAUUGGAUUAAAAAAUAAUAAAAAAAAUUUUGCAUAAAAGUAUAUUGUAAUUAUAAUAAUAUUGCACUUCUGAAAUUAAACUUUUUAAACGAUUCGUCGUUGCACGAUUAGAUGCGGUCAAUACCAAAUACUAAAAACAACUGCGGCUACGAGUUAAUUAAAAUAUAUAACUACUAAAUUAUUGUUGUUAAUUUAUCGAUGUAAUGUGUAGGUGUAGGUAGGUACCUAUUAUGUAUUUUUUAUACGUAUUCGUUCGUUCUAAUAAUAUUAGUGUAUCUUUGUCAGUCUGUCUCGUCCCUCCUCCACCCCUUUUUAUACAAUUUACUUUAAUGUUUAAAUUUUUAAUAAUAUUUAUAUUAAUGACGCGAAUCAAUUUUUUUUUUUUUUUUUGUAAUUCAUAAUUAUUUAUAAUAUACUAUACUCAUUAUGUUUUAGUGAUAAUAAUUAAAUUUAAAAAUCAUCCAUAAGUUUUAAGUAUGAUUCUAUCUAUUAAAAUACUAUGUAUAAAGUUAAAUACCUAUUAUGUUAUAAUAAUCUUUUAACUACUCGUUUUCAACAACGUGUAAAUUGUGUAUAUUCGAUGUGAUUGCAUAUUAUAUUAUAUAAUAUUAUUGAUAAUAAUAUAGGUUAGUUAUUACAUUAUUUUAUUACGUUGCGUAUUUUUUUUCUUAACGCUAACAAAACUGUUUUGGAUACCAAAAUAUUAUAUUUUAUGUAUAAUGUAAUGUACAAGAACAUCUACAUGAUACCGAAUCAACGGUAAAUCAAUGGCCUACUGCAUGUGUUGUGCACAAAAAAAAAAUAGGUGCUUUUAAUAUAGUUAUUUUUUCUCGAGUAAAAGUCGAGCACGUCAUCGUUUAAAUGUCACAAGUUGUUUUUAAAAUAAUUUAGUAGGUAGGUGGUACUUAUUAUAUCAGUCGCAUUAAUAGGUCCGAUAAAUAUGGCCCAGCUAGGAAACACAAAAUAAUUACAAUAUUAUUACGUCAUAUAGAUUCCGCAGAGUUUUAAGACAAUCAUCGACAAACAUUAAUAACAGUUUAAUACAUUAUUAUUAUAUGAUUAUAUACCUAAAUAAUUAUUAUUUUCGUUUUGUUACCACUUUGUGUUGAUUAAAUAUUAGUCGUUAAUAUUUUUUUUUUAUAUAUAAAUACGUGUAAUAAUACUAUAUUAUUAUACAAGUGCCUAAUAAGUUGUGUUUUGACUAUAAUAAUCCAUUAAAAAAAGAAGAAAAUUCAUGAUCUCAUUUUGUCCCCUAUACUUUACCUAUAAUAUAAAUUGCCUAUUAUAUUAUAAUAUUAUAAUUUAUUAAUUUUGUUUUCCUUUUUGUAUUAUUAUUGUACUAAGCCUAUUCAGUUUAUUUGUUUCUAUUUUUUUUUAUUUUUUUUUUUUACCAAUAGCUUUCAAAAUUUAAUAUUUUAUUUCUCUAGAGUUAAUACCUAGAAUAUUUAUUAUAAUAUACCUUUAACGUUAUUACUUAUGGUUAGAGUUGUAUCAAAUAAUAUAUUAGACCCAAUAGUAUUAUAUUUCAGGUAAAUCUUACAUGUCAUAAUAUUUGCAUAGUUCGCUUUAAUAUAUAUUAUACACAAAUCACAGCCAAACAUAUACAAUUACAUAGUAUUGCAUUAUUGUAUAAAAUCAAACACAUUCCUAAAAUUCGCGGUAAUAAUAUGUUUACCCAUAAUAAUAUAUUGUUAUUACAUUAUGUAUUAUAUUAUUAUAUAUAUAUAUAAAUGUAAGUAGUAUGUUAAUGUAUUUUAUUUUCUUGUAUAAUGCUCUUGUUUUUAUUUUAUUAUGAUGUGGUUCGUUAAAAAUGUCGUUGGAAUGAAAACGUAAUAGAAGUAUUAAACAACAAUGUAUACCCAUACAAAACCAAUGAUUAUAUUAUUAUGUUUAUCGAUGUUUUUGUUAAGUAAAAUUUAUGUGCGCAACAAUAUUAUUAUGUAUAUCUAAUUAUUUUAAAUGAAAAAAAAAAUUAUGAUUCACAUUAUAUAAGCCAUAUCAAAACGAAUGGACCAUCCUGUGCAUGUAACCAUGAGUGAACAUAUUACUGUUGAUUUCUAUUAUAAAUGUAUAAUUAUUAUAUUAUUACCUAUAUAAUAUAUUAAUAUUAUUAUUAUUUACGUGUACACGUGCGCAUGUGUAUGCGCCCGAUAGUAUAAUUUCAUAUAUUGAUUGUACUGGAGGACCAAAUAAGAUUAAUAAUCAUAGUAAACAAAUGCGAUUAAUAUAAUACGGGACGAUUUACAAUGAAAUGCAUUGAAACACUACAUUAUUAAUUUCAAAUUUGUAUUUUGUUUAUUUCGUUUAAUUUUUAGCAAUGUUCUAGAAUUGAUUUUAAUACAAUAGUAUCCGAUACCAGACCGAUAAAAAUAAUUUGUAUGUAUGUACUUAUAGAAAAAUGUAUUUAAGAUUUCGAAAACUGUUAAUCCCUCAUUUAUCGAGUUCCAUGAUAAAGUCGAUAGACAUUCGGUUGUAGAGUUUGAUCAUAGUGACAAUAUAGGUAAGUACUUACCUUAAAACUUUAAUAUACUAAUUAAGAUUCUGCAAAAAAUACUGUUAUUGAUGUUUGUAUUCAUCGCACUAAAUUUGAUGUUCAAUAUCACUUAUUUUGAUUACAAUUAUUAAAAGAAUAUAAGCCGCUUUUUCGAUAGUUACCUAUCAUGAAAAAAAAAACAAAUACGAAAAAGGUUUUUUUCAGUAAAUCGUUUUGUAAAAUAUUAUGACACAUUAUAUUGUACAUAAGCUAGUACCUAUUAAAUAAUGAUAGGUGAUAGAAUGUAUUCUAGUUCUUGUUUGUGUUUUCUUUCGAAAUAUUAUCAAUAUGUCAGUACAUUAUAUUAUAUUAAAUAAUAGUUACAGUAACUAAAUA